GCGCCCGAGACCGCGCCGCACUACGUCGCCCGCCGGUACGCGGAGCUGGUCGCGUCGCUGCGCAGCCUCAAGGUUGCGUCGGUCGAGCCGAUGCUUGGCUCCAUCCUGCGCGUGCUGUGGACCGAGGUCGAGAAGCUCCUCUCCGAGCGACUCGCGAGGCAGCACCCGACCCUCAAGCACCAGGCGGCGCUGCUCAUCAACAACUACGACCUCGUCGUCAAGACGGUCUUCGUGGAGGAGCAGCUCCUCGCCGACAACGGCAAGAUGAUCAGCUUCGUCAAGCAGGCCGAGCCCCUGCUCGUGCCCGGCGCGCCGCCCGAGGACGCGGCCAAGGUGGACAAGGGGGCGAUGGAGCACCUCACGCGCGAGUUUUACGACAAGUGGAAGGCGGGCAUCGAGGCGAUCCACCGCGACGUGGUCCAGUCCUUCUCCAACUUCAAGCUCGGGAUGGACAUCCUCAAGCAAGUGCUCACCCAGCUCCUGCUCUACUACACGCGCUUCCUCGACCUCGUCAAGCAAGCCUUCCCGCACGGGCCGCCCUUCGCGCAGUACAUCCUCUCCAUCCCCACGCUGAUGAACGAGAUCAAGCACUUCUCGAGAAAUUUCUAG